AUGAGUGUGGAAGCCAAGUACCGCCAGGCCUCUCUGUAUGUGGGCGAUCUCCACGAAGACGUCACCGAGAACAUGCUGUUCAUGAAGUUCAGCACGGUGGGAACUGUGCUGUCCAUCCGCGUCUGCAGGGACCUGGUCACCCGCCACUCCCUGGGCUACGCUUAUGUGAACUUCCUGCACGUGGCCGAUGCCCAGAAGGCCCUGGACACAAUGAACUUUGACCUGGUUCAGGGCAAAUCCAUCCGGCUCAUGUGGUCUCAACGCGACUCCUACCUACGGAAAUCUGGAAUUGGGAACGUGUUCAUCAAGAAUCUGGACAAAUCCAUUGAUAACAAAACGCUUUAUGAACAUUUUUCGGUUUUUGGGAAGAUCCUGUCCUCCAAGGUGAUGUGUGACGACCAGGGCUCCAGGGGUUAUGCAUUUGUGCACUUUCAGAACCAGACCUCCGCAGACAGAGCCAUCGAGGAGAUGAACGGGACGCUGCUUAAGGACUGCAGGCUGUUCGUUGGCCCGUUUAAAAACCGCAGAGAUCGGGAGGCCGAGCUCCAAAAUAAAGCCAACGAAUUCACCAAUGUUUACAUCAAAAACUUUGGAGACGACAUGAAUGAUGAGAAACUGAAGGAAAUUUUCUGCCAAUACGGCAAGAUCCUGAGUGUCAAGGUGAUGACCGAUGCCAGCGGGAAAUCCAAAGGCUUUGGCUUUGUGAGUUUUGAUACCCACGAGGCGGCCAAAAGGGCCGUUGACAUCAUGAACGGGAGGGACAUCUGCGGACAGCAGGUUUUUGUAGGCCGGGCACAAAAGAAAGCCGAGCGACAAGCUGAGUUAAAGCAAAUGUUCGAGCAGCAGAGACAGGAAAGGUUGUGGCGCUGCCGGGGCGUGAAGCUCUAUAUUAAGAACCUCGAUGAGACCAUUGAUGAAGAAGAGCUCCGCAGGGAAUUUUCUUCCUUUGGAUCAGUUAGCAGAGUUAAGGUAAUGCAGGAAGAAGGACGAAGCAAAGGGUAUGGCUUGAUCUGCUUCUCCUCCCCAGAGGAGGCCAGUAAAGCGAUGGCCGAGAUGAAUGGCCGCAUGUUGGGCUCCAAGGCCCUCCACAUCGCGGUGGCCCAGCGGCCCUAG